AUGGAUGAGCUGGACGAAACCUCUUCACGAGUGGGCACGGGAAACAGUAAAGACAACUAUGUCUCAAGAGAUGCCGGAAGAAGACAAAUUGUGAAGAGCGGAACUGGUGUCGUCUCAGAACACGGCCACGAGCUGCAAAAGAUCAAGCCAAUGACAAAACACGCUGGGAAGAGUGUUACGACCUUCUUCACUGGGCUCUUCCAAACCAUUAUCGCCAUCAGUACUCUCGGCACAUCGGUCACCUUCUCUUUCAUCCUUUCAGCUAACACAGAUCUGUCAAAUCCGGCAGCAUACUAUAGCCAGGCUCAGGUCCAGACCUUCCUCGCAAUCAGUUGGCUUCUUUUCCUUCUUGCUCUAGCCUUUGCCAGCUUAGGAAGUACCUUGCUCACUUUCUUCCGAGCACAUUGGGAAAGAGAUUGGGAUGGUCAGCACGGCAAGCACAGUCAAUUCGAGGUCCAGGCUUAUGCUGUUCUCAUCAGUGGGCUUGUCGGAGGCCUUGUCGUAGCAGCUUUUAUCUUCCUCUGCUUGGUCGUGGUUGCCUACAGUCCUGUGGUCGGCUGGAUUGCUCUCUCCUUCACUGGUUGGUUUGGACUCGUGAUUGCCAUAUCGGUCCUUUGGCAAGUCCCAUGGCCUUGGAGAGAUAACGUACCAGACACAAGAACCAAGACACCUUGA